AAGAUUCUCUAAAUAUGGGUAUCUGGUGUUUAGACAGCAAUCCACAACAGACUAGUAGCCUGUUAAGAUUUGCAUUGAACAAGUCGAAUAUUUGGCAUACACUGGGAAUUAUCUGUGUCAGUUAUGCAGAACCAUGGUCAAUAUUGAAGGAAUUAGAAUUAUGGUUACAAAUACUUGAAAAGCAUAUUGAACAUUUGAAAAUUGAUGCUGAAGAGAUUGAGAAUUUAAAAGCAAGUAUUGCUUACAAUUUUAAAAAAUUCAUCGAUCCAACAACCACUAAAGAUGAAGCAACAAAGUCUGCUGUUGUUGGUUUACAUCAUCAAAUGAGUCUACAGACGACAACUGUACUUAAAGAUCAUUAUGAAAAUACUCGAUGGUCUUAUGGACCAUUACACCCAAAACCGAUAGAUCGUGGUGAUGGUAUCGGUGAACCGUUCAGUCAGUGUCAACUACAACGACAACAACAGCAGUCUAUUGAUUACCAGCAAGAUAAGACUGGCGAAGGUAAAAAGAAUGAAGAUAUGGAGGAAUCAUUUGAAAAACAGGAAGAAGAAUCACAACACCGACAUCAGUCCAAUCAGUGGCUUAAAAAUGUCAUUAAACCUGGUGUUAUGGACAAGUUGCUAGCAAUCCCUAUAAUGAUUGUUAUUACAAAGAGUGAUAUCGCUGAUGCUCUUGAAAAAGAUUCUGGAUAUACAGAUGAACAAUUCGAUUUUAUUCUAUUUCACUUGAGAAAGUUGUGUCUAGAAU